UCACCUUGCCCAACAGGAUUCACUGGGGAAAAGUGUGAGAUGAUUUGUCACUGUCAGAACGAGGCUUGUGAUGUUAACGGCCACUGCACAGACGGAUCAUCGUGCACCACUGGGUGGUUUGGUGCGGCUUGUCAAUAUCGUAAGUUGAAUACAACCGGUCGAGUAUGGGUGAUUACUAAUAAUAGCUUUGUACCUUAAAAUGUGACCUAUUGUGCUCGGCGUCUUUCAAGAGAAGUAUGAGGCACCUCACGUCUGUCAAGAGAAGUAUUAGGCAACUCACGUCUUUCAAGAGAAGUAUUAGGCAACUCACGUCUUUUCAGCCGCUUAAUUGGAUACGUUUCAAUGGUAAAUUAGUAACUUAAUGUUUAGACUGUAUUUAAAGUAUAUGUUCAAUUGUUAGUAGUCGUUGAAAAAACUUUGUGAUUCUUUGUUGUGUAUUAUUCACUAUGAUAUAACGAGCUAGGCUACCCAAGUGUUAAAUUAAAUGGACAGCCUACUAGACAUAUUUAUAUAUUUGUUAAUAAUUGUAAAGCGCUUAGAGCUUUAUGAUAAGCGCUAUACAAAAAUGCCUAAAUAAAUAAAUAAAUAAAUAUUAAAUUUACAUACUUGAUGAAACAGAUCGUAUAUUUAAUCCGGUGAAUAACGACCCAUGAACAACGUGUAGAAGAUUCUGAUGAACGAAAUCAAUAAAUUAUCUGAAGCUUGACGGCAUCCAUAGACGCAUUAGGUAUUGCUUAGCCAAAACAAGUCUCCUAUCAACCAAUGCUGUGUUAUCAGCACACGUCUCUUUGUCUGCAGACAACUACAUUCCAUGUAAAUAUGGCUACAGUUUAGAAGCAGGUAUAAAUAAUUCGAUACGCACAGCUUGAGAUAAAAUCGUCGACUUCAAAUCUUUUAGGCGAUGUUGCAAGCUUUGCCCAGGGCCUCAACGAACUACUCACAGACAACGAAGACUCCACAUGCUACAAGUCUGAUGAUAAAAGUAUUGAGGCUAAGCUGAGUAGACCAUUGCACUUCUCCUGGAUUCGGCUC